AUGGUGGGAAGAAGAAAAAAUCGUGCGGCUGCCCAGCCUGCUGUCCGCACCCCCAGUAUUUCGACGCGAUCAGGUCGCACUGCACAAGUUCCCUCAUUGUAUUUGCUGGAACGUGGAGAUUCCACUGACCUUGAUGCCGAUGAAAGCGCAUCAAACGCCUUGCAAAGUCCACAGACUCCUCGCACACGGCGCCCUCGGCAGCCAAGGCCUGUGCCCGAGUCUUCGCGGACCACGCGGCAAUCAGCCAGACUAAAGCCUAAUGAAGAUGGCACCUAUGAUGAAGACGUCUCGCCGACCAAAGUCGUUGAGACCGAUUUCAAUCACCAAAAUGUUGACAUGGAUGAUUCUCAACAAUAUGAAGAGGAUUACAGGUCCGAACCUCCCAUCUCAAAAACCUCUCAAUCACCUGAACCUCGCAUGGUUGCUUCUGCCCCUGCAUCUCCUUCAGCCGGCCAACUUGGCGCUGCUGAUGAAUUGGCGGACGAAAUGCCCCAUGAUUUACUCCAACCCCCCAAAGCCAAGGAUGAAACUCCUGCAGAGAACAUGAAAAUUUCCGACUUUGAACAAGCACCUUUCAGCGCCGUAUCAACCCCUCGGCUGUCUCGCAAGCGCAAGUCUAUUGAUAUGGCAGAUGGAACACCGGAAGUUGACUCCGAAGGUGUCUCCAACAAAAAACUCCGGAAUGAUGAUACGGAGCCUGAAGACACACCAGAAAGCCCUAUGCAAAAUGGAACAGAAAUUGACACACAAAAUGAAACAUCCCCCGAGGAUGUCCCUGUCCCCCUCAGAGGAAUACGAUCCACCCGCCUUCCCAACUGCUUUACCAAGCCCCGCGGAGGCCGUGGGCGAGGUCGAGCCAAGCAGACGACUAUUAUCAAACGUGGCAAGAAAAUUGAGGAUGAAAUUUGGGACUCUGAAAAUUGGCGUGGCCGUACUCCAUCACCCACUCCGGAAUCUCAGCGAACCAAAGACCGACAGGAAGAACUCUCAGCAUUGUUCAAGAAGGUGGGCCAAGCGCAGCAGAUUGCAUUGAGCGUGGUUGCCGAUCACAACAUGCACAGGCUUGCCCGUGACAAAAAUUCCUACAAGGAGUGCCCUGAAUUCGCUCAAGUCCAGCAGGAACUGGAUGAGCAUGAACGCAAGGCAAUCAAAAAGCUAGAUGCUCAGCACAAGCUGGCGACCGCACUGGCAAUCCAGAAGCGUGAUGGUGAACUUUACAGGAUCAAAGAUACUGCAGCGCACCUCAUUGAAGAAGCCCAAGAUGAUAUGACUACUAUGUUGAUGGGCAAAAUGAUGGCAUUGAUCCAAGGUCGCAAGGUGGCCGAAGACGAUGAACACACAGAGACUGAUACAUCGGACUCUGAAAAAUCUGAAAAACAAUUCCUCUUCCGAUCCGGCGAUAAAGCCACUCGCCAAGUCGAGCGCGGCUUUGCUGCGGACGCAGUCCGAGACCCUGAAGGGGCAAUUGACUACGAUGCAGCGGUCGAGGGCUGGGAAGAAUUCGUCCAAAAAGUCCGCAUGGGCAAUCUUUCUAUCGCAACAGAGCUCACAGACGAAGAAGCUCUGCGCACAGUCACCUCUACCGCUUUCGAAAGCAUGCUCUACGCAUCAGCAUUCAUCACAGAAACCGAAGCAGCAGGCAAAAUUAUCGGAUUAGAUGGAACUGUUGAAGUCCCCGUUGAUCCCCGCGCCCUCUCUAUAUUGGCCGACACAGCAUUGGCCGAACCAACAGUUCCUCAUCACCUCCCCCCGAUGAUGCGCCCAGACCCAAUGCAUCGCAUCAUCCCCCAACAGCAGCAGCAGCAGCACCAAGUGCACCUGGCGCCCACAGACCCCCGAUCCUUCAUCCUCCCCCCCCCCAACCCCCACCCAGCCGCGCCGCCUCCUCCCCCGCGCGCGGCAUGGGUCUCCCGGACCCGUUCGCAAUGA